AGUGAAAAAUUUAUUUACAUCUUGGACCAACAACCAAGUACCGUGUGCGCAUGGCUGCAAACCGAGGUCUCCGCCCACUGGUGCCGGCGUGAGGAUGCGCUUAAAAUAGAACGAACCUCCUCUGUCAGCCCAUCUUCAAUCCCUCUCCCCUUCUCCGAGUCCCUUCCAUUUUGAUUUUUCACCAUUUAUACCUUUCCCCAGAAAUUCUAUAGUUUCUCUUGCAAGUCCAUUCAGUUUUCUGGCGAAUUACCAUGGGAAAAAUCGGAUUGUUCGAUCUUGAGAAGCACUUUGCCUUUUACGGUGCAUAUCACCGCAACCCAGUUAACGUUCUCAUACACAUGCUGUUUAUAUGGCCAAUCUUCUUCACUGCUCUUAUUCUUCCCUAUUUCACGCCUUGUCUACUCAAUCUCUCGCAAACUAUGACAUGCCCAUGUGGGUGCACUUUCCGUUUGGCGUUGAAUUUUGGGUUCUUCGUUGCUUUGAUCUAUGGUUUGUUUUACAUUUGUUUGGAUAAGAAAGCUGGGUCUCUCGCUGCUUUGCUCUGUUUCCUCUGCUGGGUUGGAGCCAGUAUUCUUGCAAGCCGUCUUGGGUUUUCUCUUGCUUGGAAGGUAGUUUUGGCAGCUCAGCUACUUUGUUGGACAGGACAGUUUAUAGGCCAUUACGUGUUUGAGAAACGUGCACCAGCUCUCCUUGACAACCUCAUUCAAGCCUUUAUAAUGGCUCCUUUCUUUGUACUGCUUGAGGCUCUUCAAAUGUUCUUUGGAUAUGAACCUUAUCCAGGGUUCCAUGCAAACGUGAAAGCAAAGAUAGAAGCUGAAGUCAAAGAAUGGCAGGAAAAGAAAGACAAGAAAAUUUCGUAGCUUGCACUUGCACUUGCACCUGCUUGCAUAUUCCAGUUCUGUUUUGAGUUUUUUUUCAGCGAGGAUACAAAGGAAUUGUGUCUGCAGUCGUGUAUUAUCAGCCCAAUGUACUCAUUUUUUUUUUUUUACAAUACAAAAUUACAGAAGACUGGUUGUUCAUGCCCCAUGAAACAUCCACUCUCCAAAACUCGAAAUAUUUACAAAUAACUUCUUCUUAUGGAUAUUUAUCUAAAUGUACAAUGUAGAGUAAUUGUAUUCAUCUAAUCUGAGUUAAUGUAAGCAAAGCACUUCUCCAAA